ACUGAAAUUAGGUUUUGUGUCUCUGUUUCACAACACAAACAAAGAACAUACAGAGAAAGAGAGAGAGAAACACAAAAACGAGAGAAGAGAAUGCAGAAGAGAGAGAAGAGAAUGCAGUGGAGAGACAGACAGUGAAGAACAAUGAAGAUGGUACCAUGGACGAAACCCAGACACAAAGUCUGGAAACGAUGACAUUAGUUUCAGUCUUUACAAAUCCAGUCUAAUAUUUACUUAACAUGCAGUAAGUUUUGUAACAGGAAGUAAGUUUUGAAACAAUGACAUUAGUUUUGCAACACUGAGAAACGUCUCUGUUCUUGUCCCUUUCAUUAUCAGGUUUCAUGUUUUGAUUAUCAAAAACGUCUCUCUGUUCUUGUACAGGUUUCGUAGUAAGAUAAACAAGUCAAACUCAUGUUUUAAACUCAAGCAUAACCAAGCAUAAAGAACAUGGUAAUCUCAGUUACUGAAGGAAGAACAUGAUAACUCUCUCUAUGUGUGGUCCUCGUUUCUCUCUCUCUCUCUUCCUGUUUCUCUCUCUCUCUCUAUUCCUGUUUCUCUCUCUCUCUCUCUAUAUAUGUUCCCGUCUCUUUCUGUUCCUGUUUCUCUCUCUCUCUGUUCCUCGUCUCUCACUGUUCUCGUCAGCUCGUCUCUCUCUGUUCUCGUCGUCGUGUCUUAUUAGAGAUAUGUCGGGCCGGAAGAUAUGUAUCUUACGGACCAAGAUUGUGAAGCCCGUGAAACCCAUGAAGACCCUCAAAACUAAAAGGAAAGACUUGAAGAUCAAGUUAAUCUCAAGAUAUUCUUAACAUAUUUCCAUUACGUGUUUAGGAAAGUUAACAUUAUCUAGUGUCAAUAUUAUGUUAAUGUUAGCAAUAUAUAUAUAGAUCUUGUAUUCUCAUAUCAAAUACAACACAAUAAUAUUAUCAUAUUAUAUUCUAUUUUACAUGGUAUCAGAGCAGACGAUUCUUUGGGAUCGAAAUUAAAAUUUCCGUUUUUUUUAAAGCUUUGAUGGUGCACAUCGUUGGUGUUGGCGAUGCUGAAGAAGAUGGUGAUGAUACUGACGAUGAAAAUGACCCGGAUAAUGAUGUGAAAGCAUGAAGUAAUGUGCACGUGAUUUGUUCCUUAUAUUAAAGUCAUUGGGUUUGGUUAUAGUUAUUAGAAAAGGUUAAUGGUUUAUUUUUUCUAGCUUGAUUUGGAUACAUCCAAUAAUUAUUAUGCUAAGCCAAGGUCUUGAUUUAUCAUACGGGUUUGACAAGUUUUUAAGUUUGAAGGGUUCGGGUUUGGGUUUGUUAACCUGUUACAAUAUUUGUCACGGGAAUAUUUUAGGAGAUGAUUGGUCAUGGGUUAGUUUAAGAGAUUUAUUCUAUAGUUUAGAAUGUCUCAAUAUUUGUUUUGAUUUUUCCAUAGUUUGGAAUAUUGUUGGUUAUAGUUUAACCAUUACGGGGGAGUUCUAGUAGAACGUCCAAGUUUUAGGUCAAUUUGUUUAGUCCAAGUUACGGACUGUCCAGGUUAUAGGACGAUCAUUUUUAGAGCUGCAGUUGCGCCCACGGGAUGUAUUCCCAUUGUCAAGACCAAAGAAGAGCUGAAGUUUUCAUCCUCUUUGUCUAAGUUGAAGUUCGAUCCCGAAAGAAUCUACUGAUUUGUUUUCCUCAAUAUAGUGUCCACGACAUACGUGGUCUGCUUUGUGAUUGCAGAUUUGCGUGUUGCAUCCCACGUUUGUCGUGCGGGGGAGUAUUAGAGAUAUGUCGGGCCGGAAGAUAUGUAUCUUACGGACCAAGAUUGUGAAGCCCGUGAAACCCAUGAAGACCCUCAAAACUAAAAGGAAAGACUUGAAGAUCAAGUUAAUCUCAAGAUAUUCUUAACAUAUUUCCAUUACGUGUUUAGGAAAGUUAACAUUAUCUAGUGUCAAUAUUAUGUUAAUGUUAGCACUAUAUAUAUAGAUAUUGUAUUCUCAUAUCAAAUACAACACAAUAAUAUUAUCAUAUUAUAUUCUACUUUACAUGUCUCUCUCUGUUCUCGUCGGCGUAUGUCUCUCACUGUUUCUCCUCGGCGUCAUGUCUCUCACUGUUCAUGUCAUCUCUGUCUCUCUCUGUUCUUCGCUGUCUUCGUCUGUUUGUUUUUCGUCGUAUGUUCUUUUUUUUUUGAUCAACGUCGUAUGUUCUUCAAAUUCAGAUAAAAUAAAUUAGAAACCAUAAUUUUAAUUUAGCCCCAAUUCGGUUACGAACGCAAUUUACAAAAUGCAACUAAUUUACCUCUAAUUUCGAUUUCGAAAUUGAUUAAGGAGGGGGGUUUAAAAAAGUUUAGGGGGAGAUAUGAAGAGAAUUCAUAUUUCUGGAUGGAUUGGUCAAAAGCCAAAAAGUCUAGGGGGAAUAGAUAGGGUGUGCAAAUCUGCAGGGGAUUUUAGGCAGCCAACCCUAUAAAAUGUUUAUAAAAAGAAUUCUAUGUUUUGUUCUUAGUUCAGGGCCCAAAAAAAUCUUAACCAGGCUCUGUGAUUAGGGGAGAAACUUCCACUCCUAAUCUUCGCAUCUCUCGCCUUCGAAGGCAAAGACUAGCAGGUUAAUUUCCUAUCUAUUUCGGAGAUUCUGAUUGAGCAUUUAAGUUUCAUGAUACUCAUUAUUUUGUAUCAUUUCUAGUGACUUUAAGCUUCAACCUUUUUAGAAAUAAUAUACCAAAGUUUUGAAACUGAAAAAAAAAUAGGGACGAAUUUCAUUUUGGAAGAAAGCAAAAACAUAAUAUUUUAUGUUUAUAAUAUAUUUUAUGUUUAUAUAAAAUUUAAUUAAGUUUUAUAUAUAAUAACUAUUAGUUUAUAAUUUUAAUUGGAUCAUGUAUAUUAGUUUUUUUAUAAUUAUAUUAUUUUAUUGAAUUAUAUUAUAUUUUAUACAUAUACAAUAUAGACCAAAUAAAUUAUUAAUCAUAAAAAUUCGUUAAAAAGCAUUUUAUGACAAUAUGGUUUGGUGGGAUCGUCGACUAAGUCUCAUUAAUAUGUUUUUUUGGGUCAAAACAACAACUUAGCUGAAAAGUUUUGUAUCAUGAAACUUAGUGGAAAAGCCUUGUAUGACAAUAUGGUUUGGUGGUGUCGUCGACCACGUCUUAUUUAUACGUUUAAAAACAGGACUCUUAACGAGAGACUGGAAAGUCUUGAAUGCGGUAAAAGCUCAUGCUAUGGAUCCGUUCAAGGACUCGUCAAAGCAGAAUUUAUCACUAGGGAAUCCCGGGGGAUCUUCCACUGCUCAUCCUAGUCCGCAUGUCUCCAUAGGCAAACAGAUUGUACAAGGUUAUAGAGAACUGUUUACACACUUUAUAUCAUUUCCAUUAGCCAUAUACCCUGAUCUGCGAGAAAAGGUUGAGGCUUUUCGGAAUUCUAUAUUGGGUGACAAUAAGGAUAAGAAACCUUUUAAGUUUCAGAGCACUUUGGAUGAAAUGGGAAUCGAAAAGAGGAUGUUUAUUUCGCCAAAUAGUUUACACUUGACUGUGGUUAUGUUAAGGUUAGUAAACAAGGAAGCUGUGGAUGCAGCUCAGGAUAUCCUUAAGAGUAUCUCAGAGAGUGUGAUGCAUGCUUUGGAUAACCGUCCUGUCUUCAUACGACUUAAAGGAUUGAAUUGUAUGAGUGGAUCUUUAGACAACACCCGCGUCCUCUAUGCACCUGUUGAAGAAGUUGGGAAUGAAGGUCGACUUCUAAGGGUUUGUCAUAUUAUCAUCGAUGCAUUUGCGAAUGCUGGAUUUGCCGGGAGAGAUGCAAAGCUAUACUUGAAGCUACAUGUCACGCUGAUGAAUACAACCUACAGAUGGGAUGAAAGGAAAUCAAAUACAUUUGAUGCACGAGAGAUACACAAAGAGUUUGGAGAAAAAGAUUGGGGUGAAUAUCUAAUCAGAGAAGCUCAGAUCUCAAAACGGUUUUGGUAUGACGCGGGCGGCUACUUCCAUUGCUGUGGUUCACUACCAUUUCCACAUUAAGUGACACUGAAAAGGAUAAAUAUCCACUCCACAGAUUCCUUGUCAGGACUCUGACCAGUGAUUCAGUGGUAAUAUCGAAUAUGUAAUACAUGUGUGUGUAUGUAACCAACCAAUCAUAGCAAUUGGUAACUGUGGCUUGUGACAUUAUGUUGUGAUUUACACAUCAUAUAUAAUAUGGUUUGCUAUA